ACCGCGUUCAACACGCUGAACUAUGGGCAAAUUUUCAGUGGUCCUGACAUCGCCGGCGUGACGUAUCUUGCGUAUCUUCGCCAGCCGCUGCCUGGCACGCUGGAAACGCCGGAUUCUAUCCGCGCGUUAAAGUGACGGACAACGAAAUAGAAAGGCGAAGAAGAUUGCAGCAACGCUCGCGGCUUGACAUCACGAGACUCGCUGGCUGCACGUCACAACAAGAACAACAACCAACGCUCCCGAAGCUUUUGCCUGUGCCGUCAGAGCCUGACCGGAUAUGUCAACCGUCGCUGCUCGAAAGCGCCGCAGGAGAAGGAAGCUCAAGCCCGAGCUGUCGUGCGGCUCGACAAGCCUGGCUUCCAAUAGCUUGCCGUCCAACAUGACGGCAAAGCUCACGGAACUCUUCGCCCGUCACAAGAUGCAGGACAUACGUGACGUCGCUGGAAAGACGGCAGAAGCAGCUGCUUCCAAGCACUGUUCAAAAGAUGACGUUCUAGCGACUCCAGAGACGACCGCUGCCAAGUGCAAAGCUCAAUCAUCGAACAGCAUCAAGCUUUUCGACACGAAGGAAUGCGAGGCAAGUGGGUCCGUCGUUGUCGAACAUGAAACCAGCAUCAUUGCUGAGGAUAAAGUCAUCGUCACUGAAGAGCCAGAGCGGAAGGCCCCCACAGAGUCAGAUGUAGAUGCCCUGUUCAUCGAGUUGGAGUCGACGCUGCGGAAGCGCGACGCAGUGGCCGUGGAGCUCAAAGAGAAGCUGGAAGAUCUCCGGGAGAGCCACGCCGACGAGGUGCAGGAGCUUCGCGUCAAUUCACUCCAGACGCCUCCACCAGAACAAACGGGGAGUGCAACGGGACUGAAGACCAGCACCGCCAAGAAAAAGAAGCCAACCGGCACGCAUGGGGAAGAAGACCAGGUCAGCCCGCGACCACCGCAGCCACGGCCAAAGCAACGUCAGAGGUAUGCACUGCCUCGUCCCAGGCGCGAGAAGCCGCACUCACUGCCCAUUGACCGAAGGCGCCGGCCACUACCUCCGUCUGACAAAGAGCUCAAGAGGUACACAACGCCGCCGCCAGUGCCAGACUUUAACAGUGUCAUCGUGGCACUGUUGCUUGACAACCUGAAUGCUGUGCCUCCAAAGGACCAUCGAGAACAACUGGAGACACCCCGUCUCGAAAAAAAAAGGAAAAGAAGUGCAUACUACAGCCGCAUGGUGCGCUUGAAGCCGGUCGCAUUUUUUUCCUCUGCUUUCUUUUUCAUGUCGAUUUUUUAAACGUAAAUAUUUAAAGGUCGUAUUGUUCAUAUUCGCUAUUUAUUUCUCUAUUUGCUGGCGCAUUCCUGUA